AUGUUCCCCAUUCCUGCGCUCGCCGCGCUCCUUCAACUCGCUUCUUUCAUCCUUCCCGCCCUCGCCAGUCCUGCUUGGGAUGUGAAGCCAAUAAACUCGGCUGUCAUACCCCUUGUCGUUCGCUCCCCGUACCUCUCUGCAUGGCUCCCGCAGGGCAACGGUAUCGCGCUCAACGUGGCCUGGCCCACGUUUUGGAACGGGAAUAUUGUCGACUGGGCUGGGUACACUAAGGUCGAUGGGACGGCAUACACUUGGAUGGGUGUGCCCGCUGUGCCCAACACCAAGGCGACCCCCUCUACGCAAAAGAGUUUUCAGGUAGUAGCAAAUCAGGUGCCGUUCAUCAAACUCAGUCAUCGCGUGCCACCCACCUCGCGCCACCCCUCCCACCGCGCCUCCAGCUCCCCGGCCCGUGCCACUGGCCGCGUGAGGAUCUCCUCACAGCCCUUCCAGCCCAUCUCGCUUCCCCCACCUUCAACCAGCACGACUGGCUCGCGUGUCCGCCCACACCCCGGGAGCAUGGAAUAUGCCGCGCCUUUGUCCGGCCCGCCACCUCUCCUCCCGCGAAACACCCCCGCAGCGAACGAGAGGACGACCAAGGCCCCGCCCAUGGUCAUUUCCUUUCUCGGCUCGCGCGGGAGCUCCAUGAGCCUCGACGACAUGCUCAUCGACGCUGCGACCGCGGACGGGAUGCCCCCGCAGCAGCUGCAGGGCCCGCGCGGCCGCUCCUCGUCGCCCAGCCGCGCUGACUACCACAUGCGCGGGCGCGCGGCCAUCCACGGUGGGUCGCUGUCGGGUCAGACGCAGACGACUCACAUCUUCGUGACUCCGCAAACCGGCCCAAACGUCGAGAAGCCCAAGCUGGGCGUUUUGAGAAGCAACGGGAGCAUCAUGACGAUGGGUCUGAAUGGGAGCAUCGUCUCGGGUCCGGCCACCAUCGGCGGUGGUGGAUUUCCCGCGACCAACCACCAGGGCCAACGCAUCUGCCGUCAAUGUGGACUCGCCGGCCGUUACAAGGACGGCAAAUGCGGCAAGAAAAUGAAGCGUGUUGAGCGGCGCGGAACGUUGGACUCGAUGUGUUUGAACGCCCACCUCCACAACCAGCCUUUGGCGAUCCACCCCUUGGGCGCUCCACAAGCGGCCCCAGGCUUGUACACCAACGGGCGCAGCUCGCACUGGGGCUCGGACCACUCUGUCCACCGGACCGACACCAUCCCCAUCCACCCUUCUCACUCGUCGCGCGCCCCUGGCCUGAACGGGCUCUCCUCGAGCGCCGUCUACUCCUGGCAAGAUCGCGACCGGGACUACGACCGCGAGAACGGCGCAUCACCGUACCACCGCUCGUCUCACUGUGGCCCUACCCCGCCCGGCAUCGCCACGCUCCUGCGGGACGACUACGACCGCCGCCCCCGCCCGUCCUCUGCCCACAAGCCGAACGGGUUGAUGAACGGCCACGCGCGGAGCUCGUCCAGCCGGUCUGCGAGCCGCUCCCCGCUCCCGAAACCCGCAGCUGCGACGACGAACACAGGUCGCGGCUCGUCGCGCGGCUCGAAGUCGUCCACGUCCGACACGAUGGACACCGAUGCGGAGGGCGAGGACGUGGACGCUGAUGCGGACGCAGACGAGGUGGUCGUAACAGACGCGGAGUUCCUCCUCGCCGCGGACACUACGGAGCGCAACACCUCGACGGACGAGGAGUCACUGAAGAAGGAGGACGCAUGA